AUGCCAGGGGACAAUAAAACCACCGUGGCCCAUUUUGUUCUCUUGGGCUUUGUUAGCAGCCCAGCAAUCCAAGUUGUCCUCUUUGCGAUCUUUCUGACUCUUUAUGGCAUGGUUCUGCUGGGGAACAUUGGCCUGAUAGUUCUGAUAAGAACCAGCCCUCAGCUCCACACUCCAAUGUACUUCUUCCUCAGCAAUUUGUCCUUGGUUGACCUAUGCUAUUGCUCUGUGAUCGUCCCAAAGAUGCUGGCCAAUUUCUUGGUGCAGAAAAAGGGCAUUUCCUAUGCUGGCUGUGGACUUCAGUUUUACUUCUUCUGCACCUUUGCUGACACAGAAUCUUUCAUCCUUGCCUCAAUGGCAUAUGACCGGUAUGUGGCCAUCUGUAAUCCACUGCUGUACACCAUUGUCAUGUCCCCAAGGCUCUGUAUCCUGCUGGUUUCACUCUCUUACCUUGGUGGUACAUUGAGUGCCCUCGUCCACACAUGCUUUGCCUUCCGACUGUCCUUCUGUGGCCCAAAUGUCAUCAACCACUUCUUCUGUGACCUGCCACUGCUUCUGAAGCUCUCCUGCUCAGACACUUCCCUCAAUGAACUCCUGCUCUACACCUAUGGGAGCUCAGUAGAACUCAUGUCUUCAGUCAUCAUCAUCAUCUCCUAUGUCCUCAUUGUCAUCUCUGUCCUCAAGAUGCACUCUGCUACAGCAAGGAGCAAGACGUUCUCCACCUGUGCGUCUCACCUGACCUCCGUCAUCAUCUAUGAGGGAACACUCCUUUUCAUCUAUUCCCGCCCCAGUUCUUGGUACUCCCCCACUUCUGACAAAUACAUCUCUGUCUUCUACACCAUCAUUGUCCCUGUGCUGAACCCUCUGAUCUACAGCCUGAGGAACAAAGAUGUGAAAGAUGCCCUGAGGAGAAGACUGACUGACCGCCUUCCUCUGUACACAUCACAUUAA